GUAUAGGUGGUUGCUAAUCAUUCUGCUACGUCAGAGAGUGUACAUAUAUACCUAACUAGAACAAAACAUCAACCAUUUGUACAAGGCUUGUUGGGAACACAUUCCGAGUUAGCCGUGGUCGGGAGGGAAAAAUGUACGUGGUGGUUAUUUGCAUUAAACUUCUGCUGCAAGCUUGCAUCGACAGGGCGAGCGAAAUCUCACGUUGGUUGAUGCGGCUGGUAGCCUUGAGUAAAUCUGGGCUCAUUGAAUGGAGACGGGAAAGAGUGACAAGCAGCGACAGGACCCAGGAGCGGAGUGCCGUACCCACCAGUGUCAAUUACCAUUUCACCCGACAGUGUAACUACAAGUGCGGCUUCUGUUUCCACACCGCAAAGACAUCAUUUGUGUUGCCCCUGGAAGAAGCCAAAACGGGGCUAAAGCUUUUAAAAGCAGCCGGCAUGGAGAAAAUUAAUUUUUCUGGAGGGGAACCUUUUCUGGUCAAUCGUGGGGAGUUUCUCGGGAAGCUGGUUCAGUACUGUAAGCAGGAGCUGAAACUGCCCAGUGUCAGCGUUGUGAGCAAUGGGAGUCGGAUCACCGAGAAGUGGUUUAAAAACUACGGUAAGGAUCUGGACAUUUUGGCGAUUUCAUGUGACAGUUUUGAAGAGGACACCAAUCGUCUCAUUGGCCGUGGGCAAGGGAACAAAAAUCAUGUCGAGAACCUCCUCAAAGUCAGAAAUUGGUGCAAAGACUACCAAGUGGCUUUUAAAAUCAACUCUGUCAUCAACAGAUUCAAUGUUGAUGAGGAUAUGAAUGAACAAAUCAGGUUGAUAAAUCCAAUAAGGUGGAAGGUAUUCCAAUGUUUGUUGAUUGAUGGAGAAAAUGCUGGAGAAGAAGCUCUGAGACAUGCAGAAACAUUUACUAUCAGCAGUAAAGACUUUCAGAAAUUUCUGGAUAGACAUAAACAGAUCAAGUGCCUUGUGCCUGAAUCCAAUGAGAAGAUGCGAGAUUCCUAUCUCAUCCUUGAUGAAUACAUGCGCUUCCUAGAUUGUACCCAAGGCAGAAAAGAUCCAUCGAAAUCUAUCUUGGAUGUAGGUGUUGAGAAUGCUAUUAAAUUUAGUGGGUUUGACGAGAAAAUGUUUUUUAAACGUGGAGGUAAAUAUACAUGGAGCAAAGCAGAUAUGCGCUUGGAAUGGUAAAAGUUGCUCUUUGUUCUUGACUGUCUCAAUCAUGAAACGUUCAUGCCACACACAUUUUAUGGAUUCAGUAAAUGACUUUGAAUCCUGUCAAGUACCAUUGUCCUCAGCUGUCAACAUUGUAAUUUUUUAAAACAAUAAACAGUGCAAUAUUUAGGAUGAUAUUACCUGUUGAAAAGAAUUUGGCACUCAAUGCUAUGUCCAGACAAUUGAAAUGCCUAAAAGAUUUUUAUUGGUUGAAUUGCAAUAUGAAGCUGCAAAGCUAGAGUUUAAGAAAAGAUUUGAUGUGCCCAGAAAAUAAACAUUGUUGACAUGCAUUACCUCAUGUAAAAAGAAUUGUCAGCUGCAUUAUGGACAGGUAAAUUUGGGGAGACUGGUUGUAUUUUGAAGGAUUGGUGUUUACAAUCUGACCUAUCAAAAUAUAACAGUAAUGGCUCAAGUAUUUUUUUUAAAAAGCCUUCAAAAAUCUCCCAUUGACUUCUGAUUCUGGAAGUUGUUGCUGUGCAUGAACAUCAUUUCGCAUUGCCAGUGAAAAUUAGAGGAACAGAGUUCUCCACUGGUUGCACAAAGGAUUGAAGGUUAUUGGAGGUAAAUCAUCUCAGGCCCUGGCGAUUGUUGCAGGAGUUCCUCAGUAGGCCCCAAAUAUUCAAAAUCAUGACAAGUCUGGAGAAACUGUUCCCACUCAUGAAACAAUCAGGAAGAGAGCACAGAGUUAAAAUAACUGGCAAAAUGAACAGAAAUUAGGGAAUGGGGGGUACAGACUGUGUAAGUGCAGAUAUUAGUAUUAGUUUAGAAUGGUAUCAUGGUCAGCGCAGACAUGGUGGGCCAGAAGGCCUGUUCCUGUGCUGUACUGUACUAUGUUUUUUUUAAACAAAAGAGCAAAUAUUGGUUUUUACAUUAUCACAGCAGUCAUGUUUAUUAUGAACAUGGGUUUUUUAAUUAAUGUGGAAAUCUUAUUUUUACUUUGUAAUUUUUUAAAAUGCUUUCAUUAAUGAAUAUUUGAAUUGCAUUAAAUACAUGAUGAACAACACUGUUUUGGAGUAUAUAUCGUCUGUUUUGUCAGUUCUUAGUGAAUAAUCACUUUAGAAUUAUUUACUGUUUGAGUAGAAAUGUCUCACUUGUCAGAAGUGUAUCAGCCUUUUAUCUUCACUGUUUAUGUCACAAAUGUCACUGUUUCAACAAUGGUUUACAUUUUUGCCCAAGUCACUGUUGGGACUAUCUUGAUACAGCCUCACAAUUCCAGUUUCUACAUGAUUCUAUUUCCACUACUUGUCAUUCUGAUAAUAGGCAGCACUUAUACUGAAACUUGUCACCAAUUUUACCACAUUACGACUAAUCGCAAUCCAAAUAAGUUUUCUCACAAGCACACGCUAAGCUCUGAUGCUUGGUUAAUAGUGUCUGUAAUUUUUAAUUCUAAAUAGCUUACCCAACAUUCAGUGCAAUGCAAUUCAAGUAUAUGUUAACAAUUAUAUUUUGUAUUAAUAAUGCUGGCAUCAACUUGCGAUGUUUUGUAUCAAUUAGUAACUUAAGAAGUUUGAAUAAAGUGGAAAAGUAUGCAAU